UCCACAGAUUGUCUUGAUGGCAAAAGUAGAUGAAGCAUGUCCUCUAGUGGAGAAGGACCUUCAAAACAUUUAUCUCAGUCCCUACGUCAAGUCAAAGGUGCAGGAGGUGAGCUCUUGGUUGGGUGUGCCGGUGUCUUGUGUGUUACCGUUGAAGAACUACAAUCAGGAGCUGGAGCUCAACUGUGACGUCCUGCUGCUCACCGCUCUACAACAGAUGCUCAACUUUGCAGACGACUAUCUGGAUGAUGCUGGUUGAGUGGAGAACAACUUCCUAUAAAUAGCUGCUGAAUGAUAAUGGAUGAUUGCAUGUAUGAUGCUCUGUUGUAGUAUAUUUCUUUGCUUCUAUGUGAACAAAUUUGGACGGUUUGUAAAAUAUAAUUGUUAUAUUACAGAAAGAUAUCAGUUAUUAAAUUGAGCAUGUUAAAGCAAAAAA